CACGAUCGAACAUCCAUACUUCAACUAUCUUUUAAGGCCUCACGAACGCACGCAUAACCCACGCCUCUCCCUUCUCAUUGCCCAGAUCUUAUCCCAUUAUGGCCCCCAUUAAGCGAUCCUCCUCCAAGACUAUCUCCUACCCUAUGCCUCUCGCUGCCUCUGCUGGCCAGAAGGCAGCCCCGGUGCACACCAGCUAUACUUCGGUCCACGCCACUCACACAACAGCCCACGACGGCAACGACGACGUCAACUUUCCCGCCAAGCAAGCCCCCAAUGCCACCUCGCAUCGCCUCCGCAAGCGCGGCCGCGAUAGCGAGGCGUCCACCCCCGAGGACGAAACACCUCGUUCCCGCCAGCGUACGUCUUCCCUCCUCAGUGGCACCAUCCGCAAGGCGCCCGCCACCAUCGCCAGCGUCCUCUCCGCCGUCCGCCCGCGCAGCAACUCCAAGUCCAAGGAGAAUGUGCCCGCCACCCGACCGCGCGAGACCGCGCGCCCCGUCAGCGACUUCCUCCUCCCCAAGCCCGAGGUGAGCGCGCCGCGCUCGCGCCGGGGCUCGGACGCCUCGAUGUGGUCGCUAGAGACCGUGCACGACGAUCAACAAACGCGCAGGCGGCGCGCGGACUCUGACGUGUCCAUCAGCACGCUGCGCGGCGUGGCGAGGCCCCGUGCGCCCACGCCGCAGACGAUGUCGCCCUCGCACUCGCCGCGGUCGGCGCGCCCUGGCGACACCCUGCGCGCGGGGACGCCGUGCCCUCUCGAGCGCGCGACGCCGCAGCCGACGCUCAAGCGCGUCCGCGGGUCCAUCUCGGAUAGGGAUACCUCGGAUGCGGACUCGGACGACGCAACGAACAAGCGCGUCCGGGUGAAGCGUGACGCCGCCUUCGAGCGGCGCAGGUGCGACUCGGAUGCCUCCACUGCGUCCGACGACAGCGUCUAUCUCGCAUAUGGCGCUCCGGUGAUGCCGACGCGCCCUGCGGAAUUCGAGAAGGCGCGCAAGACGGCGCCUUUGCCGGAGCGCAACGCACGCCCGAGGCCCACUAUCGCGACGGAGACACCACGUCGCAGGUCGGCUGAAGAGCCUCGUCGGAGGUCCUCUGAGGAACCAGAGGCCCGUCGCAGGUCUUCUGAGGAAUCGACUCCUCGUAGAAGGUCGUCCGUAGAGCCGGAGGUGUCGCCUCUCGCGCGCUCGACGACUUCUACAAGCACUGCGUCCCCAAGGAGCAGCCUGGAAAGCGAGCCAACGCGCUUCCGGGACGCUCAUGACCUUGUUCAUCUCGCCGCGUCCGACUACAACAUGGAUAUCGUCUUCCUCCGUGCUCCCAUCAAUGCUAACCCUCACGGCAGAGACGAGAUCAGCGUCGAAUCCGCCUUCCACCUCACCCUCAAGGACGAGGAGCGCUGGCUCACCACCGGCCUCGCGCCGCCCGACAUCAAGCACAUCGACAUCCGCUGCUACAGCAAGACGCACGGCUCGCGCAGCGAGCUCUCCAAGCGCUGGACGUGCCAGCCCACGGGCUACAAGCUCUACGACUGCCGCAUGCACGACGGCAUCAUGGUCGACUCCGACUGGCGGCGCACGAACCUGUACGACCCCGAGCACCCCGCCGCGCUCCCCUGGCAGAACGUGCGCGGGUGGGCGAAGCCGGUGAUCGUGAGCUUCCCGGCGAGCUGGUUCGUGCGCGGGCAGUCGCGGGUGUUUGUGCUGGAUGUGGUGACGAGCUUUGGGCACGGGAAGGAGGAGGUCCUGCGCGCGAAGGCGGAUAUCACGGUCGGUAACCUCAAGUGGGAGACUGUCAAGGCUGCUUAGGCGACGAAGGAGGAGGCAAGUCUGCCUGAGCGAAAUGUUGUUGUAACAAUUUAGAGAUUGGAUGGAUUGAGGGAAGGUGCGCGGGCGUACCAUGGUUGGACAUACCGGGUGUAAAAUAAACAACUGUACUGUACAUUUUGCCUAAUUCCUUGUGCAUAAUUUCACCUUUCUUCCAAUCCUUCGAGUUGUACUGGGCGCGAACGAGACAGGAA